AUGAUAUCUAGACUAGACGAGUUAAACAAAAAAUUACAGCAAACCUCUAAUCAAGGAUUAGCAUCAUCAUCAUCAUCAUUAAAACCACCAAGUACAUCCCUACGACCACCAGCACCCACUAUGGGUUCAAACAGAGGGUUAUUCCCCGCUGUAAACUCAGCUCAAAGAGCUGCUGGUUCAGCAGUAAAUCAACGCAAGAAAGUGGUUUUACAACCAGGUCAUUCGCCCCUUGAUUGGGCUCAUCUAAAUAGAACUCAACCACGACACAAAUUACGAGGAGUUCCUCCCAAUACCCCACCACCGCAAUUUGUUCGUAUAAGCAAACAAGAACUACAAAAACAUAAAAGUUUACAAGAUUGUUGGACAUGUAUCAAUGGUAAAGUUUAUAAUAUUACACCAUAUAUAAAUUUCCACCCUGGUGGAGUUGAUGAAAUCAUGAAAUGUGCAGGUAAAGAUGGAACCAGUCUUUUUAAUAAAUAUCAUAGUUGGGUCAAUGUUGAUAGGAUGUUAGAAAAUUGUAUAGUAGGGGUAUUUCAUAAGGAUUAA